AUGUAUGUUCAGGUUUAUGCCAGCAAUCUUGAGCCAGAUUUAUCAAAUAUUGAAAAUCCAGGUUUAGUUCAGCUGCAGAAAUGCACCUGUGGUUUCCUCAGUCAUCCAGCAAAGUUUAUCUCAGGACAGUUACAAGUCAGCUUUUCUGCCUUUCUACCAGUGACCUCCAGUGCCAGCCUGCCUCUCGCAAAAGAUCGCCUUCAUCCCUCUCCAGAAGAGAAGAGGAAACACAAGAAGAAGCACCUGGUGCAGAGCCCAGAUUCCUAUUUCAUGGAUGCAAAAUGUCCAGGAUGCUAUAAAAUCACCACAGUCUUCAGCCGUGCACACACAGUAGUUCUGUGUGUUGGCUGCUCCACGGUUCUCUGUCAGCCUAUAGGAGGAAAAGCCAGGCUUACAGAAGGAUGCUCCUUCAGAUGGAAGCAGCAUUAA